UCUCCCACGCCAUACGACCCCUCCCCUCGAUCAAAAAACAAAAAAUCGAAAAAAAAUACAGAGCACUUCCGAAGCUCCGCCGAGAUCGGCCAUGGCGCCCCCAAUCCCCGCUCCCAAAACCCCUUCCCCCUCUCAACCUUCCGGGAAGAGCGAGGUGACCGAUCUCAAGCUCCAGCUCCGGCAACUCGCGGGGAGCCGCGCCCCGGGCGCCGACGACUCCAAGCGCGACCUCUUCAAGCGCGUGAUCUCCUACAUGACCGUGGGGAUCGACGUCUCCUCCGCGUUCAGCGAGAUGGUGAUGUGCUCCGCCACCUCCGACAUCGUCCUCAAGAAGAUGUGCUACCUCUACGUCGGCAACUACGCCCGCUGCAACCCCGACCUCGCCCUCCUCACCAUCAACUUCCUCCAGAAGGAUUGCCGCGACGAGGACCCCAUGAUCCGCGGACUCGCCCUCCGCAGCCUCUGCUCGCUCCGCGUCCCCAAUCUCGUCGAGUACCUCGUCGCCCCGCUCGGCGCCGGGCUCAAGGACGGGAGCCCCUACGUGCGCAUGGUCGCCGCGCUCGGGGUCCUCAAACUCUACCACAUCUCCGCCGCCAUGUGCCUCGACUCCGAUUUCCCCGCGACGCUCAAGAGCUUGAUGCUCUCGGAUCCCGACGCCCAGGUCGUCGCAAAUUGCUUACAUUCGUUGCAAGAGAUAUGGAACUUGGAGGCGAGCAAGUCAGAGGAGGCAUCGAGGGAGAUCGAAGCCCUGUACAGCAAGCCUGUUGUGUUUUUUCUCCUAAACAAGAUCAAAGACUUCAGUGAGUGGGCACAGUGCCUUGUGCUUGAUGUAGUAUCUAAAUAUAUACCAGGAGAUAACAAUGAGAUCUUUGACAUUAUGAAUUUUCUUGAGGAUAGACUUCAACAUGCAAAUGGGGCUGUUGUUUUAGCUACAAUCAAGGUGUUUCUGCAUUUAACAAUGUCGAUGACUGAUGUUCAUCAACAGGUCUACGAACGCAUCAAAGCACCUUUACUUACUUUGGUUGGUGCUGGAAGUCCUGAACAGUCAUAUGCAGUACUCUGCCAUUUGCAUCUUUUGGUCAUGCGGGCUCCAAUGUUAUUUUCCUCCGACUACAAACAUUUUUAUUGCCAGUUCAGCGAACCAUCAUUUGUGAAGAAACUGAAGCUUGAGAUGUUGACUGCUAUUGCAAAUGAGAGCAACACCUAUGAAAUUGUGACUGAGUUGUGCGAAUAUGCUCGAAACAUUGACAUACCCAUUGCAAGAGAAUCUAUUCGGGCAGUUGGAAAGAUCGCAUUGCAACAGUAUGAUGUAAAUGCAAUUGUAGACAGGCUGCUUCAGUUUCUUGAGAUGGAGAAAGAUUAUGUCACUGCUGAGACUCUGGUACUUGUGAAGGAUCUUCUAAGGAAAUAUCCACAAUGGAGUCAUGAUUGCAUUGCUGUUGUUGGAAAUAUAAGUAGCAAAAAUGUUCAGGAGCCAAAGGCAAAAGCAGCUCUCAUAUGGAUGUUAGGAGAAUAUUCUCAAGAUAUGCUUGAUGCUCCGUACAUUUUGGAAAGUCUUAUUGAAAACUGGGAUGACGAGCAUGCUCCUGAGGUUCGCCUGCAUCUUCUUACAGCGGCUAUGAAAUGCUUCUUUAAGAGGCCACCAGAGACACAAAAGGCCUUGGGAGCUGCUUUAGCUGCUGGCCUAGCUGAUACACACCAGGAUGUCCAUGAUCGGGCCUUAUUCUACUAUAGGCUUGUGCAAUAUGAUGUUACUGUAGCAGAACAUGUAGUAAAUCCUCCUAAGCAAGCUGUUUCAGUAUUUGCUGACACGCAGAGCAGUGAAAUUAAAGACCGGAUAUUCGAUGAGUUUAACACCCUAUCUGUUGUCUAUCAAAAGCCCUCAUACAUGUUUACUGACAAAGAGCAUCGUGGGCCAUUUGAGUUCUCCGAGGAUCUGGCAAGUUUGUCUGUGGGAGCACAAUCUGCCGAGAAUGUCAUAUCUGCACAAAGAUACCAAGAGAAUGAUAAUGAUCUUCUGCUAAGCACAUCAGAGAAAGAAGAAAACGGCAGCUCAGCACAUUAUGGUUCAGUGCCUUCCGCGUACAGUGCUCCUCAAGCACUAACAGAGGCUGCACUUAUAGACCACGGCUCGUCAGCGUUCACUUCACAGCCGGCCUUUGCUAUUGACGACCUUCUUGGUUUGGGUGUGCCGGAUGCUCCUGCUCCUGCCCCAGCACCGCCUACCUUGAAUCUAAACACGAAACCAGCGUUGGAUCCUGGGACUUUCCAGAGGAAAUGGGGCCAGCUAGGAAUAACUUUGUCACAGGAACUUUCUCUAAGCCCCCAAGGAGUCGUGGGCCUGACAACACCUCAAUCGCUUAUCCGUCACAUGCAAGGCCACUCAAUCCAAUGCAUCGCCUCUGGUGGCCAAUCUCCAAACUACAAGUUCUUCUUCUUUGCUCAGAAAGAAGGAUCGUCAGUUUUCUUCCUUGUGGAAUGUAUCAUCAACACGUCCUCCGCUAAAGUUCAUCUAAAAAUCAAGGCGGAGGAUGGCAGCGCCGCAGAGCCUUUCUCUGCUUUAUUCCAAUUAGCAUUGUUGAAAUUUGGAUUGCCCUAGUUCUUCGGCUUACCAUAUUCGGUCAGUCCCUUUUUUCGCUCUCAAUUGGCUUAUCUUGUGGCUGUUUAUGAAGAGAGCUGCGGAUUAUGCAUACUUCUUUUGCGAAGCCCAACACAAAAUUUGGAUGGUAAACUUGGGAUUACAGAUUGGUAAGUAGCUGGCAAAAUAUCUAGAAAUUCUUGAUGCUUCCAUUUGAUUUCUGAGGGGUGGCAAAAUGAGUGGUUUUCGUCCCAUUACCAAGGCGAUCAAGUUUCUCAGGUACCACCAAUGGAUUUGUGGGAUUAAGUUGUAAUUUUCACUCUUGCGAAGCUUUUUUUUUUUUUUUUUUUUUGGUUGCAGAACUUUGUGCAAUGCUGUUGCAUUUUUUUUUAUUAAAGUAGAAAAUAAGCUGUUGCAUUUUUUUUUAUUAAAGUAGAAAAUAAAGCUUAUUAUUCCCCUUCUGUGUAUCGCUCUUUGGAGAAGCUUUAAUCACAGCUUAAACUCGCCA